AUGCAGUACACUUACAACUUGCAGCAGCAGCAACAACAACAGGCGCAGCAACAACAGCAGCAGCAGGCCCAAUUGGCAGCUCAGCAGCAGGCGGCAGUUGUACAGCAGCAAUUAAAUGCAGUCGCUUUGCAGCAGCUCAUGGCUGCCGGAGGAGCCGGGGCUUCUAAUGUGGCCGCCGCUGCCGCGGUGGCUGCCAAUCCAGCAUAUAUGGCUUUGAUACAAAACCUCUGGGCUCUAAAUGCAGCUGGCGCUCAGGGUCAGCAGGGAAAGAAAUAA